GAGUGGUUUAUUUUGUUUUACAACGUUUACUAUUAUACCAUCGAUUACAAGUUAAUUUUUUAAGUAAGUUUAAUCAGUGCAGUGUGGUUUUAAAACCGAGUGCUGUCGAAUUUGAGACCAAUUUUUGAACAACAUUUUAUGCGAAAUUUAGUCAUUCGUGUACUCAGGGCGUUGGAACACGUACAUUUUAUUUCGUGAAAAUUGGUCCCAAUGACCCGUAGCAGCUCAAAAAUCCAACAUGGAAUGAUUUGUUGCACACAAAUCGCUAUCGUAAUUUUAUUGUUAAUGAUUCUGAACGAGUUCCGUUUGAGUGAGGGCGCUGGAGAUAGCUACCUGAAGCGAUACUAUCCAGACGAACCGACGCCAAACAAGACUAGGAUAUUCGUCCAGCAUCCCACAAAGCACAGGAAGAAGCCGCAGAUCAAUAAACAAGUUCUGCCAAAGGAAAAUAACACCAUCGUAACCGCAUUCGCUGGAACAAAUGCUAUUUUGAAGUGUAAUGUUGAAUUAAGCAAUGUUUCGGUGAUUUGGGUGAAGCAUUUCGUAAAUUCUUCCGACGUUAAAAUUUUAACGAUAAAUUCCAGCACAUUUGUCGAAGAUAAAAGAUAUCUCGCUUCUAACACUCGAAACGAAAAGAUUUGGACGCUUCACAUAAGAUAUACGAAAACAUCGGAUGCUGGCUUAUACGAAUGUCAAGUUUGCAACAGUCCCACCUUCAGUAUAUACACACAGCUACACGUUUACGAAGCAUGGGCCGAAAUAAUUGGAACAAAAUUUGGAUCGGCUGUCAGAAAAGUAGAUGAAGGGGAUCCGAUUCGUCUGAGCUGUAUUAUAAAUGGCACACAUCACCCAAUACCUAGACCUACAUAUAUGUUUUGGUAUCACGGAAAUAGAAUGAUAAAUUACGAUUUGAAAGAUGGUGCUUUUGUCAGAGAGGGACGUCUGGCUACGGACCUUAUCUUUCCCAGAGCUCUGCCUCAACACGCUGGAAACUAUUCCUGCGUCCCGUCGAAUGCGAAACAAUACAGCGUCCUGGUCAUUGUUCAGUACCGAGAAUUAAUCAUGCCACCAGAGUCCAGUGGGUCAUUGAAGGAAUAUUCAAUUGCAGUGCUACUUCUAUACUAUGUUGUAAUAAUUCAGAUGUAAUAGUUAAUAAUACUAAUAAAGGACCAUGUUCUGAAGG